AUGGGAUAUUUACACAGAGAGAUGUUACAUAAAAAGUUUUAUUUUAUUUUUAUUUAUUUAUUUAGGUUUUUUUUUUUGUUUUGUUUCAUGUAACAUAAAUGCUUUAUUUCUGAACAGUGCCUUUAACACGGCUGGUUACACAUUAGCUCUUCCCUGCUCCAGGGCCGAAGCUAACGUUAGCUCCGGCGCUAACUCUAUUCCCUUCGUGCUUGUCCGCAGCAGAGGUAAAUAGAACCAGGGAAGUUCAAGGUCUUUUUUAUCGGCCACAUCGAGCACAACGGUACAUGAACAGUGUUUUAACAGCUCUUCUAUAACUAAGUCAGGCUUUAAUGUCGCCACCAUUCUCUCUCUCGCCCGCGCCCUACGCACAUAUACGUACACAGCCAUUCACAGACUUACGUACGCAACUAGAGUAACACAGUAGCCUACCGGAAAAGUAAUUAAUGGCUAGCGGUAUGAACUUCGUUAGCCCGUAAAAAUCCAUAAAUUAACCUUAUUACAGGGUUCAAAGUGUGUAAAAAAAAAAAAAAAGUAGCGGCUCAUAGGCAGGAAACUACGCAGAAACAUCCUGGAGGAGAAAAAACGUCCGUGAACAACUUUGAGAACCGAGAUGAGAGGACGACCAGUAAAAACUGAUGGGAUAAAGAGAGUCCUUGCCACAACAGCAGCCCUGACACACCCCGGGUUUUACUGAUGUGCUCCAUUUACUGUGAAGUGGCUGCGCUGGCUUUUCUCUGUCAGACUGAAUCAGUGCUGUGAAGGUCAGCAACAGUUUUCAGUCUGUGUGUCAGCUCUGAUGAAGAGGCCGUGACGACUUUCUGUCUGUGAGGACAAUGAGGUCACUCCAGUGCAGGGAGCAAAUCAGAAAGAAAUGAAAUUGCAGUCAGAUUCAUGCAUGGGCCGUCGCCACCUCACUGAUGAAUAUUGAGGGGGUAUUGAACAACCUGACUCUCAUUUAUGAGAUGCUGCAGCCAUGAAUAAAUAAUGGGGCGUCCUUUCAAGUGUGUCUUUGAACGGCGUUGGAAGUUUUUUAACCCUGUGAAAACUGGCUAAGGAUGCUGCUGAUCUCCUGCUGCACGAGGCUCCGUGGUCCUGCCAAACGGCUGUUCUCCGUCUACGGCGCUCUCCCCUCCUCUUUGAAAUAAUGAUACUCGCCUCCUGCUGUGUCUCCUUUCAUCAGGGUGAAGGAUCAGUGACACAAAGGACUCAACCUCCUUCACACACACAGAAAUAUACGUUGAUGAAUGUUUUGGAUAAAGAACCCUUGUUCCACAGCUCUGGGGCCCCCCAGGGCCGAUCUUUGGAAAUGAGACCAGGCUCAGCUGUGUCCAUUCAUUUGUGUCCUCAUGAGGACAUUUGUCAUAUUUAUAGAUGAUAGAUGAGAACACAGGGAUUCAGGUUCUUCCUCUUCGUCCUCUUUUUCCUCCUUGUCUUCCUUCUUCCCUCCUUCCUUAUCUCAUUUCACUUCCUCUCGCUUUUCUUCCUUGUCUUCUCCCACUGUUUUUCCUCGUCUUCGUCCUCCGUGUCUAUCUCCUAACCUUCUUACUCUUUGUCUUUCUCUUCUUUUACCUCUUCUCCUCCCUCGUCUGUAACACCCACCAUGUUGCUCCGGCCCUGGAUGGAACUUGAAGAGUUAAGUUUUUGGUUUCAUUUCGGCUCCAUCUCUGAAGCGCUGCUCUGCCUAAGUGAUGACAUUGACAAGUAGCAGCCGUUUAGAUGAGAGGGUGAAUCGUACAUCACAGUUGACCUCAGCGCGGGGGCUCCUGUUUCCUCCCUGUCCCAAAUCUGAUCAGAGCCACGAGCGGAGAAUCCAGAAAUCUGAAGGAAAAGACGUGGAAUUAAGGCCUCUGAGUUAUGGCUCUGCUCCAGCAACGUUGUCACAUCAUUGAAGAAACACUCGGAGCAAACACACAUCCAUCAAAAGGCGUCACAUUUCCUUCAUUCUGACAAAAAAAAAAAAACAAAGACUAAAAAUAAAAAUACAGAAUGAUCUUAUUUUGGAUUUUUUUCACCGGUUUCUAACAGUGACGAUAGAGGACGCCAUUUUUAACCUGGCUAUCAUACUGCUGAAAGACAAAAUUUCCAAGUUUGAUUACUAUGAAGUAUUUCUCCCCUGCUUUUAUUUCAGGGUCAGUUGGAGGUGACACAGUAGCCAAGUGAUUUGUUUACCCGCCUUACAGCAUGAAGGUCACAGGUUUGAGCCCUGAAUGUCCUCCCCAUGUGUGCUUGUCUUUGUGUGCAUCUUGUUUGUCUUCUUCUGAUGCCAAACAAACUGUAGGUUACUGAUACUACCACCUACUGGAGUGUUUGUGCACAAGUGUUACUUGCGUGACAAACAUCUGGCAACUGAGAAAGUUACAAUUUAAAUUUACAAUGAUUAAACCCCCUGUUUUGUAUCGCAAUGAUAAAAAUACCUCAGUUACAGUCUGUGCAUAUAUUACUGCAAUACUAUGAACUCCUCAUGUACACUAUAAUUGCAUAAUGAGCAGUUUUACUAUGUAAUUUUCCUAAAAAAUUAACCCUCCUCUCGCUGUCUCUCUCUCUCUCCCUUAUUCCCUCCCUCCCAUCCUUUCUUUUGCUCCCCCCCCCUCUCUCUCUCUCUCUCUCCCUCUCAGUGUAAUCGAACGCGUUCUUCCACUCAGCUGUGCUCAGCUGUAGUCUCCUCGCUCUGCUCUCAGCUCAGCGUCGCACCAUCUUCUCUCUCUGCUCCGGCUGAAGCUCCUGCAGCCGCGAAGGAGGAGGAGGCGGAGGGGAAUCUGUCAAAGCAGGGAUCAGAACCAGAAAGAGGAGUAAAAGGAAAUAAAGGAGCUCGGAGCAUGGCUUCAAAGGAGAGUCCAGUGGCGGGUUUCAUCAGCGUCAGCAGGGAGAUGACAGAGAGCAUCAGGAAGGUGCUGGACAAGCAAGCUGUUAAGUUUGUGCGAGCAAUCAAGCAGGACACCAGGAGUGGGAAAACUGAAGACAGGAUUCUGGUCCUGGCUACAUGGAGACUGUAUCUUUUUGCUGUCAAAGUGCCCACCAAGGUGGAGGUCACCUUCAACUUCCUGGAGAUCCGAGCGAUGAACACCUACACAGAACACCAGGUGAUCAUCGAUACAGAUAAGACCACCUUCUCCCUGAGACUUCAGAACCAGGACCAGCUGGAUCACAUGGUCAGCCACAUCAACUACGCUCUCUUCAGGAUCUUCAACAACUCCAUUUAUGCCCCUCCAAUCUGUCGAGCCGAGGGAGACGAGGCCGAAGGAAACCAAAAGUUUUCACCAACGUCUGAACUGUCGCUGGAGGCCCAGAAGACCUGUGGAGGUUUCUCUGAGACUUACGAGGCUCUCUGUGACUACAACGGGAUCGGCUGCAAAGAAGAAGUCCAGUGGGAUGUUGACACUAUCUACCACUCUCAGGACAACAGGGAAUUCAACCUACUGGAUUUCAGCCACCUUGACAGCAGGGACUUGGCAGUCAUCGUGGCAUCCAUUGCCUACAACACCUGGUUCACCAAGCUGUACUGCAAAGACAUGCGCAUAGGGUCCGAGGUGGUGGACCAGGUGCUGCACACCGUCAGCAAAUCCAACAGUCUGGAGGAGCUGACUCUGGAGAACGCAGGACUCAAAUCAGACUUUCCCCAGAAGAUGGCGUCGGCGCUUUCAGAACCCCCCCCCCCCCCCAUCCACUCUCUGAACCUGGCUCACAACACGCUGGACAACCAAGGAGUCUCCAACCUGAUCCAACAAGUUUGUCGCCUCAACAAAGGACUCCGCCUCCUCAACCUCUCCAAGACCUCCCUGUCCUCCAAGGGUGUAGUUUCACUGUCUCAGGCCCUGUGUUCCAGUGACGACUACUCCAGUACUCUGCUGCACCUGGACCUGAGCAAAAACCCUGGGAUUCUGUCUGGAGAAGAUGCCACGAACCUGUACCUGUUCCUGGCCCAGCCCAACUGCCUGGUACACCUGGACCUGUCUGGGACGGACUGCACCGUGGACUUGUUGUUCGGGGCGUUGCUGCGGGGCUGCUGCGCUGACCUCUCCUACCUGAACCUCUCCAGGAACUCCUUCUCCCACAGCAGAAGAGGCAGAGAUUCUUUGCCAACUUUCCGCCAGUUCUUCAGCUCGGCUUUCAGCCUGACCCAGGUCAGCCUGGCGUCCAUGAAGGUCCCUCCUGAUUCGCUGAGGGCCUUGUUCCUGGGUCUCUCCAAUAACCCUCACAUCACUGAUCUACACCUUGACAUCAGCAGCUGUGAGUUGAGGUCAGCAGGAGCCGGCGUGAUUCAGGAGCUGUUUCCUCGAGUUUCCUGCGUGGGCACUCUGGAUAUCUCUGAUAAUGGUUUGGAUGCCGACCUGCUGACCGUCAUCCCAGCACUCACCAGACACCCGUCUCUCAAACACCUGAUGGUGGGAAAGAACUUCAACAUCAAGGGCAGGAUUCUGGAUGAAGUUCUGCAGAAAGUGGUUCAUUUGGUGCAGGAGGAAGAGUGUGCCCUGCAGUCGCUCUCAUUGGCUGACUCCAGGCUACGGCAGCGAGGCACCGUCCUGGUCAACGCCCUGGGCUCGAACGCCUGCCUGAGGAAGGUGGACCUGAGUGGAAAUCUCCUGGAAGACUCCGGAGCCAAGAUGCUGAGCAAAGCCCUGCAGAUCAACACGACGCUCAGAAGCGUGACGUGGGACCGCAACAACACGACGGUGACAGGAUUCCAAGAUGUGGCGAGAGCCUUGGAGCACAACUUCACCCUGCAGUACAUGCCCCUCCCCCUCAGCGACGUGGCCCAGGCGUACCGCGGCGCCCCGGAGAAGAUGGAUCAGGCUCUGACCAAGAUCCAGCGUGCCCUGCUCAGAAACAACCAGACUCAGCGGUUUUCUCAGAAACAGGCUCUACGUCUGCACCAAGGUCUAGUCACCAGCACAGCUGAGCAGGUGAUGGAGCGUCUGUGUGUGCGGGUGCAGCAGCAGGUGUGUGUGCUGAAGGGCUGUGAGGAAGGAGAGGAGGUCCAGACGGCAAAACAGGUCCUGAAGGAAGCCAGGAACUCCAGAGCACUCUACCCGUCUCUGUGUGAGUUGGCUCAUGUCCUGUCCGUCGACGGACCGGUCAAACAGCGUCUGGACCAUCUGGCUGCAGAAUUGACCAAAGCUGCCGACAAAGAACUACAGGUGGUUGUCGACUCCAUGGUCUCUCUGUGCCGCGAGUUGUGUCCCAUGUCCUGCUCGGCCGCAGAGAGACUCUACCCUCCUCUGUCGUCCAUUUCCGAACAAGUCUCCAUCCCUCGCUCCGCCAUCCGCAACGCCCUGAUGGAUAGAGCGGCGGCCGACGUCAACGGAGCGCUGGAGGAGGUGAAGUUGUCCGUGGUCUCCUACUUGACCAACUCCAUCGUGGACCAGAUCCUGCAGGAGCUCUACACCAGUCAUAAAACCCUGCUGCGACAUGUGUCUCAGGCCAAACGCUGGGACGACUUGGGGACAGGAAGACACACAAUCAGACAGUCCAGACUGAUGGAGUCUCUGGACUUCCCUGAAGAGGACCUGGGGCUCAGCCUGGGAAUAGAUACCAUGGCCAUAAAGAAGAGAAGCUCCAGAACUAGAAGAAUCAGACCCGUCUCCACCAGACACGUAGGUUUGAGUGAAGAACCCACUUCCUCUCCUGUUCCUUCUGCUCCACUGCACACUGCUGCCCUUAGCCACUCGGCAUCAUGGGAGUGUCUGUCCACUCUCCCCACCAACGGCUCACCCUUACGUCACGUGACUCACGUCAGGCCACGCCCACCGCGGAGGCACAGAGCGGGCCACCUUUCUGCUGAAUCGCAUUGCUCUGAAAACGGAGGAGUCAACAUGUUAGAAGACGGACUGCCUGAUUUCUACAGUAAGAGGGUUCUACCAGACAGUCAGUUGUCAUCACUCCAUCAAGGUCAGUCUCUGCGGAGGAAGAAGAGACGCAGUGUCCUGUCCAUCUUCUCCGGCUUCCGCAAGAACCGCAACUCCACGAUCUCCAACCAGGACUCAGACGCCUCAGAGAACGUCUACUCAAUGAUUCAACACCCCAGGGACGUUGUGAGGCCAGAGGGCGCUGUUUCCAGAGCCAACGGGAACAUGACCUCGCCUCGACUUCUGCAGGGGCCACCUGGGCACGGACUGAGAGCCGCCAGCCCCCCCUGCCUCAGCCAAAGACAGUCCACAGACCUGGUCAGUAUGGUGUACAGCUGCAUCGGGGCAGAAUUCGACUCUGACGGCAGCAGCAGCACCUGUGACAUCAAACUCUCAGACCAGGACUUCGACAGAUCCACCACCAUCUCAGACGCCCCUGUUGAUUCUCGGAUUAACGGCCACGUUGCGUCCUCCAAACAGCAGACGGAGAGGCAGAUGGAGCCGAGCAGGCAGGAGAUGAUCAUCCCUCUGACUGACUCACGGAGUGACCUGGAGGAGGAGAGGCAGAGCGGCGGUGACACUGCAGCUCACUGUGGGCUGAGGCCAGAGCCGCCUCCACACAGCAACAAGCCCGGUCUGGCUGUCAUGAGGCAGAGACACCUGCAGGAGAGUUCAGAAGUGACAGGAAGAGCUGAGGACGAAGAGGAUCAGAGUGAACUCAAGAAAAUAGAGGAAGAAGAAACUCAGAGAGCGAGAGGAGCUGAGGGACAGAACCUUUGUCUUUUUCCCGGUCAGCCUGGUCUCGAACUCAAUACAAGAGACAGGACGUCUCUGGAACAUUCUGAGACGUUUCACCAAACACUACCCGUCUGCCCUCGGGAUGAUCUCACGGAUGACCUGAGGUGUUUGCCUCCUGGUCAGCCAAUCACUGAAGAGGAGAGAAUCACUGAAGAGGAAGAAUCAGUGACACCUGAAGGCCCUGAGGCAGAGGGAACACUACCUGAAGAGGAAGGAGGUCGUAAUGGAUUUCCAGGAGCAUCUCAUCCCACCAGGAAGUCCUACUCACUGGACAUAGGCAUGGAGGGGGACAGCUCCUACGAUCUGGAGAGGUCCUCAGAUCUCAGAGUCCCUCUGACAAAGCCCUGUUUUCCUCAGUACAGAAACAGAUCUCUGGACUUUCCUGCUGGUACCAGGUGUAUGUAUCUGCCCCCCCCGACUGCCUCCCCCGCACCCCCAGUACAUGCAAUACCAUCUGUACAGAACAGGAACAGUUUACACAGUCAUUUAUUCAUCAUUUCAUUUGUUUUAGUAGUAGUUAGACAGAAUUACCGACUGUGUCGACUUUUCUGUGUUCUUGGCCAGUAUAUGUGGCAUGUUGGCAUCAGCAGUUGUAGUUAGGAAAUAUUUGUGUAGCUUGAUAAUAUUUUAGAACAUUUAUCUUUUUGUUUGCCUGACUCUUUGGCACACUUUUUAGUUUCUGAACAUUCCUGUAGUUAAAUAUUCUCAUCGGUUCAGGUUUAAAUUCCUCCAUUGUUAUUGUAAUUCUUUCCUUUGUUCCAGGUUUUGACAGCCCUCAGCUUGGUAACAGAGACGUUUUAUGACAUCACGAGCAGAUGAGGAGUUUCAGAGGAGGCUUGAACCUGGAGGACUGGAGGGAGACGAGCUUUUAAAUCAACGUUUUCACCGGACUAUUCCACUUGUUUUUAUUUCCUCAUUUUUUUUGAAAAUGCAUGAACUUUGUGCUUUUUUUUUUAACCCAAUUGUGU